UAAAAGAAAAGAAAUAGAAGCUCGGUUGGACUGCGAAAGGGGACCCAAAGGCCGCAGCUUUGCUCUCCGAUCCCGUUCCCGUGCCCAUGGGGCUCUUGGCCGAGACGCCCCUCUUCGUCGACACCAACCUCGGCACUCGCUUCGCCUUAUCUGUCCCUGAUAACAUCACGGCCGGUGAUCUGAAACGUAAACUCAAGUGUGAGCACAACUCUUGUUUCCCAGCCCUCGGAAAAAUUGUUGUCCAUUCUCUCAUGGUAAAACAAAAAUCUUUUCUCUAUCAUAUCCCAGACUCAAUGCCAAUAAAGGAAGCCUGUCAAGGAUUUCGCAGCACUUGGUUUCUUCGAAUGGAUGCUACUAGGUUGACAGACGUAUCCAUGCACCAAGCAUCAAUACCUUCCUCGAUGAACCAAUUCAGAAGACGAGAUUCUCCUUAUCUGGAAGAAACUGUCACGCCAAAUUCCUACAAGUUACCAGCUUCAAGCAACUCAAAUUGUUGCACACCUGGGGGCCGAUUCGUAUGCACUGAAGUUGACAUGGAUCACAUAUUAGAAGGGUCCAUUUCCAACAUGAUUGAUUGUAGCAAUGCUUCAAAGGCAGUGGAUUUUACCAUAUCUACAGUUACAGCUACAAAUAUGAUAAAUCAGGCAGGUAAUAUUGUGCGAGAUUGCUCGACAUGGGACGAAAGAGAAGUUGAUGUGCCUUCCUUGCCACUUAUAAGCCAGAAGAGUCUGUCGAAGAGGAGGAAAUUGGAACAUGGCAUUCAAGGGAAUGUUGUUGGAAAAGAAGCUGUAAUCAGCAAUAAAACCAGAAAAUCUGGAGUUGGUUCUAGUUUGGAUUCUGGGAAAGAGGUUAGAAAAGAUAAUACUGCUCCAAAUGCAACUCAAAAGGACAAAGCUUGGGUAUCAGAAGGGCCAUCAGAAAAAGAGCAACACAAGAAUUCUUUAUCAAUGGAAGAAACUCCCAGCAUGAAUUUGUCAGAGAAAAUAUCUGUUACCGGUCUUAUUUCAAGAUACUUCUCUAACCAAGAAGAGGCGAGCACGUGCAGUAAUCUGCACAAAAAUGUGAUGGACACUCAGAGUGUAACCGUGCAACCCACCAGUAUGCUGAAUACCCAAGAAUUUCAUCUAAAUGAAGCAACUGGUUUUGCAAUGAAAGAUGUGCAAAGUUCGGCAGACGAUAAAAGCUCAAAUGAAGGUGAAUCAGACUGUAAUACGGCUUGUUCCUUCAAUAUCAACAAAGAAACAAAGCAUGUUUGUCUCACGAGCAAUAAUGUCAGAAAAAUUGCCAAGAGCAAACCAACUACUUCUGAAGGUAAGGGACAACCAAGUGCUAUCAUUUCGAGUGCAAAGAAGGAUCCUCGUGUAGCUGAAAGCAGAUGCUACGAGGCAGGCAACACUACAUCAUGCGGAAACAAAUCUCUGAUAUCGAGCAGUCAAGUCAAUAGGAAAUUGGUUCAUGCUAGGCCUCGUCGCACAUCGACUUUUUCUUCUCUUUCAUCACCAAUCAGCAAGCGUAAGAGAAUUUUAAGCAGCAAUGACAAAAAUGAAGUCGGGAAGCGACUCGUCCAAGCAGCAAACAAGAUUUAUUCCUCUGUUAGUGCUGAAAAGUUGCCACAAUCCAGUGCUUCACAAUGUGCAUCCUAUAUUUGUCCAUCCAAUGGAUAAAAGGAAAUGUUCAUGCUUGCAUUCAAACUUCAAGUGUCAUUCAUCAUUCACAGUGCAAGUGGCCAUCCUGAGAAAAUACUUCUUCAAGAGCUUACCAAUUUCAAGAUGUCAAGAGUUUAGGUUCUUUUGCAGAAAAUACAGUGCUGAGAAGCUACAAAACAUCAUCUGCGGUU